AAAGGGCUGCAUUCAUGACCCAGCGUCUGAUGAGUGCUGGGGUACUGGUGUUGGCAGCACCAAUACUGCUUUUAGGAGUUGCUGACCUCUCUAUAUUUGUGCAGUGAGAUGGCAACCAAUACUCAUCACUUAUGGCCUGGUGCAAGCUUAGGGAACCCUAACUGAUAGGAAGGCAUUUGCUGCAUGAUAAGCUUGCAAUUUGGAGAUUUCAGUGGCCACUGCAUUCAGGCUGCUGCAAUAAGACUUUUCCUUUCUGGCAGCAGGUAACCCCUUAUCUUCUGUCUUCUCUUGAGCUGAGUGAAGAUGAGGAACACUGUGCCCAAGGGGAAGAAGGGGCAUCACAGCUCUUGGGCUGAAUCCACGCACUUGGGGCUUCUUGGCCCCUGCAUCAUGCCACCAUCUUGGCUCUCCCAACCCUCCUCUCCCUUCUACCUCAGAAUGAAGCUCCCCUGUGUGACCCUGGGUGCUCUGCUCCUCCUGUUGCUGGCUGGCCAUGGAGGCACGGAGACCUCUGCUAUCGACCUGCGCACCUUCAUCGGUUGUGCCGUGCGUGAGUUCACCUUCGUGGCCAAGAAGCCUGGCUGCAAGGCACUGCGGAUCACCACGGAUGCGUGCUGGGGACGCUGCGAGACCUGGGAGAGGCCAAUACUGCAGCCGCCUUACAUUGAAUCUUACCACCGUGUCUGCACCUACAAUGAGACCAAGCUGGUGACAGUGAUGCUGCCCAAGUGUGCCCCUGGAGUGGAUCCCUUCUACACCUACCCAGUUGCCAUACGCUGCAACUGUGACUUCUGCUCUACGGCCACCACUGAGUGUGAGACUGCCUGAGCUCUCCUUCCCCAGGUCAAGUUCCUCCCUGGCUCUACACCCCUGCUGUCUCAGAGGGUGUGGGUCAGCCCAGAAUUUGGUCUCACCAUCUAAUGCUCCUAAUCAUCAGCUUUUCUGGCAGAUGAGGUUUAGUUCCCUCUUCCCUUUCUGUAGAAAUGUAGAACGCAGCCUUAUAAUAGCAAAUCCUAUGGAAGAAAAAUUGAUGCUGUUUCCCUUCCUUCCAGGCUCUACAUAGAGUGGGACCUUUCUUCAUGCACAAAGUGCACAUGGACUGAAUAGUCACAGAGGGGUUGGAAACAGGCCAUAAAUGCAUGACAGCCAGUAGAACAGCCUUUAUUCUUUUUAGUUUUAGUACCUUCCCACUAAUGUAAGAAUUACCAACAUUUCCCCCUCUUGCCCCUUCUGCUCUUCUUACGCUGAGAUCUGUCAAAAAUAUCUGUCAAGGAAAAGGCUGUACAGACAAUAAAAUGGAAAUGGGUAUCAAAUCACAAACUUGAAAUUACACCCUAAGCCCUAACUCAGCCAAUGAGACCAAGCUGAGCUCUCCUUCCCCAGGUCAAGUUCCUCCCUGGAUCUACACCCCUGCUGUCUCAGAGCAUGUGGGUCAGCCCAGAAUUUGGUCUCACCAUCUAAUGCUCCUAAUCAUUGGCUUUUCUGGCAGAUGAGGUUUGAUUAAUAUCUGUGGACUUACAGCUAAGUGCGUAUUUCAGUGAUUUGCUUAAUUGGAGCAUUUCUGCUGAAAAAAAUCUUGCCUUACAAGAGAUGACUUCUUAAAAAGCAGAAAGAAGCACAUUAAAUGUGUAAUGCUUUUGUCCAGGACUGUCCAGAAGAAGAAUUGGCUUCAUGUAAAACCAGAGAGGCUCUGCACAACCCUAAAGUCCUCUCUUGACAAUUUCCAGAGUUAGAGGGACCAAGCCAAAAUGUAGUGCUUGUGGUUCAGUUUCAGCAAGCCUUGGCCAAGGUAAUGGGAAAGAGGGGGCUAUGGGGGUGUUUCCCACACUUCCCUUCACUGCUCAACCAGACAGGGACUUGCUUCUCAGGAGAUGCACAGAAGGCAGACAGAAGUGCUCAUGGGAGGGCUGAGGAGUUGUCUGAUAGCAAAUAAUGCAGCCAGCACGGGUGGGACAGGCCCAGGGCAGGGAAAGCAGCAGACAUGCCAAAGGCUGGUCCACACCACCUUCUUCAGAACCACUGUCUAUAGACUGGGGGAUGCAUGGGAGCUGCUGCAGCAUCCCCCCUCUGGUGACCACAGCUGUGUAAGUGCCUUAGUCCUCCAACUCUCACCUGGAGGAGGACAGAUUCAUGUUCAUCCCUCAUUUCUCCCCCCUGAACAAAAUAGGAAAUGAUGUGAAAACGUCAAAAUUUGGCCAAGUGCAAGAGAGUCACAGGAGCUUACAAACAAAGACAACUCAGAUAGCCAUUAGCAGAGAACUGCUGCUGAGAGAAUGUCAGCACCUGCCUUCCGCUCUGAUUAAGUGUCUUCUGGAUGCAGUUCCUCCAUUCCCACAGUUGUGUGCCUGAAACUUCCCCAAGUGCCUUAUCCUCCUUGAGACAGAUCUUUUUGUUUUCAAUCUGAUCUGCAAUGUAUUAGUUGCUGUCAUGUUUUGUCGGUGGAACUGUGAAAGUUGCCCUGUGGCUAAGUGGAAAGGAGAACAUUUUAUCAUCUGCCUUCAGUAGCUCUGAAUUCCAUGUCAAACAGCAGCAGAAGCAGUUUUCUGGUGAUGGUGAGUUUAACUGCCUUUAAGGACCUUAAAAAAGUCCUUCUGUUUUCUUUCAAAUUGCAUCUCUCUAAUCUUGUUAUUGUUUUAAGCAGCAUCACAACUAUUAUGGAAAACCUACAAAUUAUUUUGUGUCCUUAAUAAA